UUCCAGAAUGAUUGGAAUGAUGAGAAUGUUUUGCUCUAUAAUAUGAGUUUUUCAGAUUAGCGUGUACACGUCAAAAAAUCAAAACAAAACAAACAAGGGAUACGUAUUUUCAUACGAUUGUGUGUUCGUUCCGUCAUCGUUUGCGGCAAGCGAAAGCCUCUGCGGAAGUGCCUCCCAACGUGCACUAGGCAUCCAGAAGCGGAUCUCGCGGAAUUUGCCGGUGGAAGAGGACGUUUAAAAACACAAGCCGGUGACGAGCUGAUGGAGGAGGUUUGAACAGUCACUAUCGUUUCCAACAGGAGACGUCCGUGACGGAAGACUGUCUCAAGGUGGACCAAUUCGACGAGGAUCCACGACACGUACUGACCAUCUCUGGGACUUGAACGGUGAAUGAGGAGAUGCGUCUGCUGGCUGGUUCUGCGGUGGAGAUGACCCUGGCCAGGAUGGCAGAGUCACCGGCAAGGAACCGAUCACGGACGCUGAAUCCGAACGAGCCGCAUGAUUCGCGGAACACAAUUCCGGCCGUGCUGAUCAAGCGUUACGAGACUUACUUAAAAGGCACCGAGCGUGUCGAAGGCGUUUUUGUUCCGGGAGGUAAAGUCAGAGAGCAUCGGCAAGUUGGUCACGGUUCGAGGAAUUGUUACUCGUUGCACCAAGAUGAGGCCCAUGAUGAAGAUGGCCACUUAUACGUGUGACCGUUGUGAUGCCGAGAUGUACCAAACGGGGGGCUCGACGAGCUCCAUGCCAACGAUUGAUUGUUCGUCGGAGGAUUGCCGCUGAACAAAUCCGGUUGCCAUAUGUACCCGCAGACGCGUGGUUCCAAGUUUAUGAAGUUCCAGGAGAAAGCAAUCCAGAAGCACAGCGAUCGGGUUCCCGUGGGACACAUUCCGCGCUUGUUGACCGUGACGCGGUCGCGGUUUGAAUAAGUCCGAGGCUGACCACGACAUGACCUUCACCUCGGACCAAAACUUGCUGAGAAUUUUGCGCCUCACGGUCGACGAAGUUCCGGAGGCUCUCCGUCUGUUGGAAUUUUUCAAGAACUCGCUGAAUCAAACCGAGCAGAAAAGGCCACUCACGUCCAAAACGCGUCGGACAAGAUCUUUGCGCUGGUGCGGGAGUUGACCAGGCGAGCACUACGGUCAAGAUCUCGGACGUGAUGGAGCGCUGCACCACCAAAGGCUACAAGCCGGGCCAGGAUGAUGCCUGCAUCGAGGAGUAAGAGGAGCUGAACCAGAGGUCAACCAGACGCAAACGAAAAUUGUUAGCGUGUUUUUAUUCCUACCUACUCUUCAACUCUUGUUCAUCGCGCGAAUAGAUGCAGUUUUUUUGUAAUCGCAUAUUUUGUCACCUGGAUUGAACAAUAAGUUGCUUUUGCGCGUCAGAAACCGCACCUACACAACCAAAACCUGCCAACCAUCUCAACAAGAUUUCCCUGGUCACGGAGACAGCAGUCGGAACCUGCCGGAAUACAGGAGGAAAACAAUCCGCGGUGAACGUGGCAACAUCACAGUGGUACCCCACAACAGCAACGGAAGUUACGGAUAACCUCACCAUAAGGACAACCAGCAGCAGCUGCAAUCUAAGCAGCAGUCUAACAGGAACAGGUCGCUGCAAAGGAGAAGAUUCCACUAAGGGUCAGAAUUCCACCGUAAAAGCGGGCGUCGCCUAAGCAGUAGCCUGGAAAUCGGCCGCAGCCGCAGGAGUCACGCGACCAUUCCAGAAUCUCAAAUCCCCCCACCCUUCCCUAUAUUUAUUUAAAUAUCAAUAAAGCUUUUUUUUUAAGUAA